AUGGUUUUUACUUUCAACUUAGGUUUCCCUCGUAUGGGUGCUAACCGUGGGUUAAAACGUCUUGUUGAAAAUUUCUGGUCUGGAAAAGUUGACGAAAACGCUCUUCUUACUGAUGCGAAGAAACUUCGUGAAGAACAUUGGCUCCUUCAAAAGAAUGCUGGUCUUGAUCACAUUCCUUCUAAUGAUUUUUCCUUCUAUGACCAAGUGGUUGAUCACUCCUAUGCUUUUGGUGUCAUUCCUGCACGUUACAAGAACCUCAACCCUGGUCUUGAAACUUAUUUCGCCAUGUGUAGAGGUCUUCAAAAACCGGGAGUUGAUGUUGCUGCUUGCGAAAUGAAGAAAUGGUUCGACACCAAUUACCAUUACAUUGUUCCUGAAUUUGAACCAAACCAACAAUUCACUCUCAACUCAACAAAAGUUAUCGAUGAAUACAAAGAGGCUAAAGCUUUAGGUAUUCAAACUCACCCUGUCAUCUUGGGUCCAGUCUCUUAUUUGAUACUUGGAAAGCCUACAAAGGAUGCUCCUCAAGGAUUUAAACCAAUUCAGUUAUUGGAUAGUCUUCUUUUAUUAUACGAGGAACUAUUAUCUAAAUUGGUCAGUGCUGGAGUUACAUGGAUUCAAAUUGAUGAACCAUGCCUAGUUCUUGACCUCCCGUCUACCAUCAAGAACGAAUAUGUUUCUGCUUAUAAUGUGCUUACUAAGGUGUCUCCUCAGCUGAAAAUUAUGAUUACAACAUAUUUCGACCGCAUUGGUAACAACCUUGACUUCAUUAUCGAUACUCCCAUAAAUGCAAUUCACAUUGAUCUAAUUCGUGCCCCUGGUCAGUUGGAAUCAAUUCUGAGGCGCCUGCCUGCAAAGGUUUCUCUGUCUCUUGGUUUGGUCAGUGGACGCGACAUUUGGAAGACCAAUUUAGAAGUUGCUUUGGUGGAAGCUCAGAAAGCUAUUGAUGUCCUUGGUUCUGAGCGUGUUUUCAUAGCACCAUCCUGUUCUCUUUUGCACACCCCUCAUUCUAUUCAAAACGAAAAGAAAAUGGAUUCUGAAAUUUUGAAUUGGUUAUCUUUUGCUGUUGAAAAGAUUAAGGAAAUAGUAAUUAUCUCUAAAGCAUUGAAUAAUGGUGUUCAAUCGGUUCAGAUAGAGCUUGAAGCUAACCGUAAAUCUCAUCGAAAAUCAGCUCGUACUCAGAAUCCCAUUGUGCAGCAGAAAAUGAAGACCCUCGCCCCUGAUAUGUUCAGGCGCAAGUCUCCUUUUCAUGAAAGGCAACUUAGCCAACGAAAAAAAUCAAGUCUUCCUCUCUUCCCAACGACCACCGUUGGAUCUCUUCCCCAAACAAAAGAAGUUCGUUCUAUCCGUGCUAAGCUUAAGAAAGGUGAAAUAAAUCAAACUCAAUAUGACAAUUUCAUCAAGAAAGAAAUCGAAAAAUGCGUUCACUUCCAAGAAGAAAUUGGCAUAGAUGUCCUUGUACAUGGAGAAUUCGAACGUAAUGACAUGGUGGAAUUCUUUGGUUAUGUCAUUAGUGAAAACGGUUGGGUUCAAUCAUAUGGAUCACGUUGUACUAAGCCACCCAUCAUCUUUGGAGAUAUAUCUAGACCAAAACCUAUGACUGUAGAAAUUAUUAAAUAUGCUCAAUCCUUAACCGACAAACCCAUGAAAGGCAUGUUAACUGGACCAAUUACUAUGCUUCAGUGGUCCUUCGUCCGUGAUGAUCAGCCCCGCAAGGACACUGCAUUUCAAUUGGCUCUUGCCAUUCGCGAAGAAGUACACGAUCUCGAAGCUGCUGGCAUUUCUGUGAUUCAGAUUGACGAGCCUGCUAUUCGUGAAGGAUUACCUCUCCGUAAAGAAGAUUGGAAUGUAUAUCUCAAUUGGGCAGUUGAUGCUUUCCUUCUUUCUAGUACUGGCGUUGAUUGUUCCACUCAAAUUCACACCCACAUGUGCUAUUCGGACUUCAACGAUAUCAUCGAAGCCAUUCAACGUUUGGAUGCCGAUGUAAUUACUAUUGAAAAUUCUAGGUCCGACUUGAAACUCCUGAAUGCAUUUGAGGAGCAUGAAUACACCGCUGAGAUUGGUCCAGGUCUCUAUGAUAUUCAUUCUCCACGUAUUCCUACAAAAGAAGAAUUGAAAACGCGCCUGCACGCAAUCUUCAAAUAUAUUCCUAAGAAUCUCAUCUGGGUGAAUCCUGACUGUGGCUUAAAGACUCGUGGAUGGCCUGAGGUCGAAGCAGCACUGAAGAACAUGACGGAUGUCGCGAAGGAAUUCCGUGCAAUCGAGGCUAAAUAA